AUGGCGGAGAACACUGGAAUAAGGUGGGAUCCAAACUUGCGGCAGCCCCGUCGCUCGACAUGCUCUGCUAGCGGAACACCUCCCACUCAGCCUGAAGCAACAUCUCCGGCGGCGGAAUCCACCCGCAACGAUAGCGAUGAUCUCCUGACACAACGAAAUACCCCCGUCGCACUUUCUGCUCAGCGCUCUGUCGAACCUGUUGACGAUACAAUAUACGGCGAAUUGGACCUAUUGUCGCCGCAUGAUAGUGCCAAUCCAGCAUCUGCCCAACUGCAGGCGCAACAGUCACUCCCAGCCUCGGCGCCCAACUCCUCGCAGUCACUGAACGCGUUGAGUGAGAAGGAUUUUAAUCACUCUGGCAAGUCAAUCUCAAGAGCUCUCUCAGCGAGAGCCUCACACGGUCAGAUCCGUGGCAGACGGACUUCUCACUCUAAAUCUGCCUCAUUAUCCACCACAAAGCGUUCGGCCUUUGAACGUCCGCCAUACCCAGAUCAGUCCUUUACCGCUCUACAAUCGCAAUCUCACAAUCCAAGGCCUCACCCUCCCUUGCGAACGAGAAGCUCACACCCGGCUCAGAAUCUCCUUUACAACGACAUGUCAACAUGGAUCGCUCAAUCACGAGACCGGGGUGUCAGCGCUCAUGGUGCGAAGACUGCUGACAAUACCCCUAUGUCGAGCCCUGGUCUGUUCAGCUCCGCAGGUCUCCUCACUGCCUCAUCUUUAACUGAUAUUGGCCCACAACUUCACCACCUCCAGGUCCCAAAAGAGACUGACCUUGUCGAUAUAGACCAUGACGUCUAUACGGGAAACAAGUUCAUCAAUAACUACGAAGUGGUUCGAGAAUUAGGUCGUGGUGAACAUGGGAAAGUGAAGCUUGGACGCAACAUGGAGACCGGCAUUUGGGUUGCCAUCAAAAUCGUUCCCAGGUACUCGGUCAAGCGCCGCUUGGGUCGUCUGGGCGCGCCCGAGGACCGUACGAAGCGAGAAGUGGCAAUCUUGAAGAAAGCCAGGCAUGCUAACGUGGUGAGCUUGAUCGAAGUCAUCGAUGACCCAACCAAGAAUAAGGUCUACCUCAUCCUCGAAUGCGUCGAAAAAGGGGAGAUCAAAUGGAGAAAGCCUGGCGUGCGUGAAGUCCUGUCUGUCAACAUUUCCAGAUACGACCAAGAACGUCGUGGCGCCGACCUCACGCUCGAACCGAGUGAGCGGGACCUUUUCCAUGUCGCACAAGCACAUCGGCGCCACCAAACUGCGGACCGAGCCAGGGCCUUGCAGUUUCAGCAAUUUCAUUCCAUUCCUAACUGGAGCCUGGAGCAUGGUGGUGAUGAACCAGAGGAUGACGAUCAGCUACAUGAUAUCUCACGAACACCUUCACAGCAAUUCCAGGGGUCAAACAGCGUUAGCCGGACAGACUCUCACGACACCUUCCCUGACACAACAUUGGCUGGCAGUAUGUACGGUGCAUAUGAUUCUUACGACUACCGCGAGCGAAAAUUCAGCGUAGCGGCAAGUGCUGCUUCACACAUGUCCUCAGAAUUCAACUUCGAAGAGAUCAGUGACGAACAUUCGUAUGUGCCAGCACUGACCCUAGAAGAAGCACGCCGAGCAAUUCAGGAUACACUCUCUGGACUCGAGUUCCUACACUGGAUCGGUAUCAUUCAUCGGGAUAUCAAACCCGCCAAUCUCCUGAUAGCAAGCAACGAUCGUGUCAAGAUUUCUGACUUUGGUGUCUCAUACCUUGGUCGUCCAACAACAGACAAGGAUCCUGAGAACAACCUGACGGAAAAAGAUGUCUCGGCGCUUGAUGAUGAAAAGGAACUUGCACGAUCGGUUGGAACCCCGGCCUUUUGGGCACCAGAGUUAUGUUAUGAGGACGUCUCGAUGUUCACUGACAGCGUCGCUCCGAAAAUAACCGGUGCUCUAGAUCUAUGGGCACUAGGCAUCACUCUCUAUUGUAUGGUCUACGCUCGCCUCCCUUUCUAUGCCAAUGAGGAAAUGGGUUUGCAUGAGGCAGUAUGCACUACAGAAGUCUUCCUUCCCAAAACCCGACUAGUCCCUGUGGAUACAUCGGUUGACAAACCAUCUUCUCAAAUUCCUGUCUCGAUCAAUAGCAACAAACGUACAGAUUAUGAACUGAAAUUUGAAGAGGUUCCCGAGGCUGUUCGUGAUUUAAUUCGAUGCCUUUUGGUCAAAGACCCAAUGAAGAGAAUGACUAUUAGUCAAGCCAAGCAACAUCCGUGGGUUACCGAGGGUAUGAAGAAUGUGGCUCGCUUCAUUCAAAACCCUGGACUGGAGAAAGAAAGUAUGAAAAAGAUAUUGGAGGUGGACGAGAGAGAAGUCUCUCACGCGGUUGGAAAACGAAACCUCAUCGAGCGUGCUUUUGAUACGGCGGGCCGCAUUGCCGGAAUAACCGCGAAUUAUCUCGGUAGAACCAGUGCGCGGAAGCGAGCUCCAAGCGCUGCAACAACCACUAGCCAUUCGAGUGACUCUCUUGCCUCUCCAUCCAGCGCAAGCACGGUUGGCCGGUUCGAAAGAGAUAAGAUCAGAGAAACACGGAGAUCGAGUCUUCGUGGAGAUGAAGUACUAGCGGCCCUCAAGACUUCUCGAGAAAACACUGAACAUCCGCUGGCUCAGAGUGAGACUGCAAGUCCCUUCGAUCACCCUCAAGAAUACUUCAGCCAGAAUACGGUAGACCAUAAGGCCGCAUCAACUGGAGCAAGUCCAAUAGUCGAAAGGGAUCAACGACCUCAAGGACCGGACAGAGUCGUUUCAACUUUCUCCAAUGCUGAUUCGGUCAAAACGAUUCGGGCCUCUCAAAUACACAGAUUGCCUGUGCCAAUGCCCGAGAUUGCUCAAGAACCUGAGCGGUCUGCGUCACAAGAGCGAAGUGUUGGAGCAAGAGUUGGUGGAAUAUGGGAAGGCAUCAAGCCCCUUGUCCGGAUUGGGAGUCGUGAUCGCCGCUCAAAGGGCGAUUGUUCACCUAAUCUGAGUCGAGAUUCUUCAGAGUGUGAUAUUCAGGCACCGCGUGGAGGCCCUAGCCUUGCACUAAGCACCGCGUCUGCCACAGGUGCAUUUGAGCAACCCGAUGUUCUGCGGACCACUUUAUCGCCCACCAGUUACAACAUUUCUCCACCAGCCCCUCAUAUUGACACCACUUCGCUUCACAAGACUGCUUUCCAGGCACCAGCAUCAACAUCAGAAGCAUUCGAGCAUGCUCAAGAGGUCAAUCAGCGACGUAUGAUUCUAGAAGCUCAUUAUCAAGCCGAAGCCGACGCCGCAGUGACAAGACGAUCUGAAAGUCAAACUACACUCGAAGAUGAAUGUCCACCGUCACCAGAUGACAUCACCUUCCUGAGGAAGCAAGAGGCCAGAGCCGCUACCGAUCCUUCAGAAUUAUCCAUUGCACCCGUGCCAAUUCAAGCCGGGCCAUCAGCAAGCACAAUUGCCUCCUCAACAGAUGGCUAUGGCGCUAGUAGUGUUUCGCAAAGCAUGUCUGUUCCGAGUUUUGGCAUAAUCUCAAGUGCAUCUUCACCUCCUGGUGAAGGCUUCCUAGGCCCGGAGGUCACGGAUUACCAAAAUGAUACAUACUCAGUGGGCAAAGAAGCCGAGCCAUCGUUCAUGCGAACAGCAGACACUGUGACAAGACAUGGCAAGCCCGUGCAAGUUGCCACCGGUUCAGCGCUUGAGGAUCGCCAAGGUACAUCUCAUGACGACGCUGAUGAUAUUAACAACGACGACGACGAUGAUUCCGAAGAGGAAUUCAUGAUGAUGGGAGCUUCGCACAAGAAAAUGUGA